GUGUUGUUCUAUGGGUCUGAGAGAGGCUACAGUAACAUUCCCGUCAAGGUGUUUUCAGAGGGUAGAAGUAAGCAUACUAAGAAAAAAAGCGGUGGGGGGUGGAAACUAAAUACCUCUGGUUUUUAAACCGCUGUAAUUCUACCAACAAAGAGAAGGGGGUCCGAGACUGUUUUAGCUUAACUGAAAUGCGUUUUUAAUCAAAUACAUUCGUUUUGGAUUUUAAACCCGCGUGUUUUUUUUUCAUGCAGUGAAUAAACUUUCUUAGGGGCGGGUUUACUUUUUACCCCAGUCUGUCUAUUCGCGUCAAGCAGGCGUCACCACCCCAUUUUUGGGGAGUUGGUGCGCUCCUUACCUCAAACUCAACUGGAUGGAAAUCCGUGGACACAAAGUCCCAAGUUAUUUCUGGAGCUUUGUACUGGGUUGAAGGAGGAUAAGAAAGCAGGGGGGUUACUUUUCACCAAUUGUCAUGAUAAUUGUUGUACAUAGAGAAAUAAGGAAAAAUCCUGCUGUUAUUUCCGCUGGAUGGAACUCAGUAAAAAGGUUACACUCUGAGUCUGGGUAAAUCCUGCUUCUUGCGCUUCAACCAUCCAGAGGAGGCCAGCCAUAUGAACAGGAUGCUGCCUCUGAAGACCCCUGUCUCACCCCUGGGCUACAGCACAGACUAUCUGAAGUUUAGUAGUGACUACAGACAUGGGGAGGUGGGAGGGGCCAGCAGCGCCAGAGGGAUGCGCUCAGCCUCAGAGCUCCGUGAUUUGAUGGACACCUUACAACGCAAGAAGAUCGCCCUGGAGACAAGCCUGAGAGCCAAUGGGGACGCUAGCCCCUCCUACUUCAGUAUGAAACAGUCUCCACCCACCACCACGUCUGUGACCUCACCCACCUCGAUGUGGUCAGCCUAUCAGGAACAGGCUAGGCGCUUCUACGGCUCUGAUCGUCCUCCUCUCUCUGGCAAAGCUGCCGCCCCUCGCUCCCCCUCUCGGCGCUCUGACCCCCCUUCCUCCCGAACUUCCAUGACCCGGAAACAAUCAUACCAAUCACAGGACAGCCUGCUCAUCUCCCCUGGCAAUGGGCGACGCCCACUAAACCCAAACUCCUCCCCCCUGUUGUCGAUGCGGAACUGUGGAGGUUCCUCUAACUCAGUGGCCGGUGGUGAUAGCCUCUCCUCUCCUCCAACCUCAUCCCUCUUUCCAACUAGUGGAGUAGCCAGCAUGCCCUCCAGUCCCCGCCUGGGACUACGAAGCCACGGCAACCAUGAGCCGGUGUCCAGCAACCGAACCAGGAAGUACUCUGCAGGGUCUAUAGGCGGCAUAAUGGAAAGUCACAACUGCACACUGCCCCGCCUCUGCCCCUCAUCAUCACCUCGUUCCCAUGACAACGGAGCCCUGGCCCUGUUUUCCCUCCCCCUAACCUCUAAUCCUCUACGCAACUCCUCCCACAACAAUAGCCAAAACCACACCACAAACAACAACUACAACCAUAACCAAAUGACUAACUUCACCUACAGCCAGGCCCAAAACAUGAACCGGAACCAAGGAGAGGGGGUAGAAUCCAUCUCUCUCUCCAUCCCUGAAUCUCCCACCCAGGCCCCUCCAGACGUGACCUCACCGUCCCUAUCAGGGGGCUCUUCCAGCCCCGGUGUGGCCAAGAUACUCAGCUUCACCUCCACCAGCUCCACCUCCAGCCUUCAGGAGCCAAAGAGGUCAGCCAGCCGAGGAGCCUCCCCUGGACCAGAGCUCUUUCUGGGGGAGAGGCAGAGAGAGCACAGGGGGGUAAGACUGGAGCCUGGGCUAGGAUUAGAGGAACGAAGGCAGUCAUUUGGAAAGGGAGGGGUAGGGCUGGGGGCGGGGUUGAACCCUCCAGGAGGGUUCAGGGUGAGGAGUGGCAGUAUCAGCUCCCUGAGUGGGAAGGAAGAACUGACUGACUACCACCAUCGCCAGAGAGACGAGAGACUACGAGAACAGGAAGUGGAGAGACUGGAACUCCAACGGCUGGAGACCAUCCUGUCUUUGUGUUCAGAGCUGGGGCGAUCGGAGCAGGACAGGGAGAAGAGUGUUGGUUCUAGUCCAGGUACCGGUGCCGGUCUAGCCGAUCUCCAAAAGAUCAACCGGGAACUAGAGAAGCUCCAGGUCUCUGACGACAAAGAGCCAGUAUCAGUCUUCUUCGACUUAACCGUUAACGGAAAUGGUACCGCCUCGGAAAACAAUUAUUAUGGUAAUGACCAGGAGCGUCAGGUCGGACUGCGAUGGAGCAGAGAUCCCCGUGACAACAGGGCGGAAUCACCCGUCGUCACUCUACGAAGCUCUGCCUCCUCGCCCACCCCGCAUCUACCGAGGACCAAUCAGGCGCUGGCGGAGGAGGAGGGACGUCGGAGGAAGGAAGUGACCCGUGUGGAGGAGGAGAGGAUCCAGGUGCUCAACAACAUGGACAAGCUGGAACAGAAGAUCAAAGAACUGGACAACCAGAUGGACGAAUCACUCAGAGAAGUGGAGAUGGAGGGUGCCCUGGUGCAGGCUGAGCAGGAUGCAGAGCUAUCAGCUCUGCAGCAGGAGAGCGAUGCUGUGGAGACACUCAACACCAAGAUGGCCGACAUGGAACAACAGGCACCGGACCAGAAGCCACAGGACUCUGAGGUGCUGGAGGCUGAGACAAAGCGUUUUAAGGACCUGGAAGAGAGUCAUCAUAAUGAGAAGGAGACAAGCACACAACACCUUCUCAGAGAGAUCGUUGACUAUCAACUCAGCACCGUCACACGCAAGGGGAGGCUGGUGACCCUGAAGAAGCAGGCGGACCUGAUUACCCAGCAGGCUCAGCGAGAGAAGGAUAGCUUUCUGAAGGAGAGGACCAACCUGCAGAUGAUGCUGCAGAGGGAGAAAGAGAACCAUGCCUCUCUGGAGAGGAAGUAUGCUGACCUCACAGGUGGGCGGCACUUCCCUCUCAGUCCUAUCAGUCUCAAGGAGGUUCAGCACUUCUGUUCGCUGGAGGAGAGGAAGAGGUUAGUGAAAGAAGGCGGGGCCCACCCGAGUGACACGUUACCCAGGAAGAAGACCACUGUCACCCCUCAGUUGCUUAACAAGCAAUACAGAUACACACCGUCUGCACAAGGGUCAGGCCACCCGGUCCAACAUGUACCUGGACAGUGGCAACGGCCAGACCUACGACACCAUGAGCAUGGACAGCUUGACUCCAUGGACACCAGCAUCUCUGUCUGCUCACCUGACAACGUCUCCUGUGCCAGCACGUCUAAUGUGACCAGACUGGAGGAGAUGGAGCAUCUACUGAGACAGGCCCAGGAAGAGAAGAACCGCCUCAUAGAACACAAGGAGCAAGAGAUGGAGUCGCGCAAACAGGCUCUGGAGGAGGAGAGGAGGAGGGAGCAUCUGGAGAAACGACUGCAGGAGGAGACCAACAGACGACAGAAACUCGUCGACAGGGAGGUGAAACUACGGGAGAAACAGAGAGCACAGGUGAGACUACGGGAGAAACAGAGAGCACAGGUGAGACUACGGGAGAAACAGAGAGCACAGGUGAGACGACGGGAGAAACAGAGAGCACAGGUGAGACGACGGGAGAAACAGAGAGCACAGGUGAGACGACGGGAGAAACAGAGAGCACAGGUGAGACUACGGGAGAAACAGAGAGCACAGGUGAGACUACGGGAGAAACAGAGAGCACAGGUGAGACUACGGGAGAAACAGAGAGCACAGGUGAGACUACGGGAGAAACAGAGAGCACAGGUGAGACUACGGGAGAAACAGAGAGCACAGGUGAGACUACGGGAGAAACAGAGAGCACAGGUGAGACUACGGGAGAAACAGAGAGCACAGGUGAGACUACGGGAGAAACAGAGAGCACAGGUGAGACUACGGGAGAAACAGAGAGCACAGGUGAGACUACGGGAGAAACAGAGAGCACAGGUGAGACUACGGGAGAAACAGAGAGCACAGGUGAGACUACGGGAGAAACAGAGAGCACAGGUGAGACUACGGGAGAAACAGAGAGCACAGGUGAGACUACGGGAGAAACAGAGAGCACAGGUGAGACUACGGGAGAAACAGAGAGCACAGGUGAGACUACGGGAGAAACAGAGAGCACAGGUGAGACUACGGGAGAAACAGAGAGCACAGGUGAGACUACGGGAGAAACAGAGAGCACAGGUGAGACUACGGGAGAAACAGAGAGCACAGGUGAGACUACGGGAGAAACAGAGAGCACAGGUGAGACUACGGGAGAAACAGAGAGCACAGUCCCGUCCUCUGACGCGUUACCUGCCGGUGCGUAAAGAUGAUUUUGACCUGAGGGCCCAUAUAGAGUCAGCGGGCCACAGCGCUGACACCUGUUUCCACCUGUCCCUCACGGAGAAGAUCUGUCGAGGAUUCCUGGUCAAGAUGGGGAGAAAGAUCAAGACCUGGAAGAAACACUGGUUUGUCUUCGACCGCAACCGGCGAACACUCUCCUAUUUCUCAGACAAGCACGAGGCCAAGCUGAAAGGGGUCAUCUAUUUUCAAGCCAUAGAAGAAGUUUACUACGACCACUUAAAGAAGGCACACAAGAGUCCUAACCCAUGUCUGACGUUCAGUGUGAAGACUCAUGACAGGAUCUACUACAUGCUGGCCCCCUCUCCUGAGGCCAUGAGGAUCUGGAUAGACGUUAUCGUCACCGGGGCCGAGGGAUACACUCAGUUCAUGGUGUAGAAGGUGUGAUGUGGCCAGGGUGGAGGGACACACUCAGUUCAUGGUGUAGAAGGUGUGAUGUGGCCAAUGAGAAGGGACACAUCCAGUUGACGCUGUAAGAGUGGUGCUUCGGCAAAAGUGGAAGGAUACGACCAGCGUGCGGUUCCGGGGCCAGGACUAGACCCUUUCUUUUCUCUGUGACUAUAAUGGACGGUUGUUCUUAUUUCUGUAUUUUAUUAUUUGUAAAACUUUUUUCGAAAGAAGAAUUCUCCAACCGCUGCAUUAACUCUCGCCGGUAACUCUACUGGGAUUGGCCAGUGUUUUUAUGCAUCAUUAUGUUGAAAAAGUGAUUGGUUGUUGAUUAGCUAGGGAUGUACAUAGCAACCACAGGAGGCUGGUGACAUGUUAUGAGUCGUCCUCACCUCAGCAGUCUUCACUGGUCGCAACAUGAUGUACUGUAGUAAACAAGCAAAACAGAACAGUCAUUAAACUUCCUGGUUGUAUAGGGAUCAACUUACUGAUAUUUACUCAACCUUUAUGUCCUCUGUUGUGUCCUCCAGUGUAGCCAGAGGUCAAAUCAUCUCUGCAUGGAGUGUCUGGCUAGCCAGGGGUUGAUACGGUAUUGGGCAUUAACCUCUCUGGGAUAUGUGGGACGCUAGCGUCCCAUCUGGCUAAAAGCCAGGGAGAAGGCAGACGCCAAAUUCAAAUAAAUUACUAUACAAAUCAAACUCAUUAAAUCACACAUGCAAGAUAGCAAAUUAAAGCUACACUUGUUGUGAAUCCAGCCAACAUGUCAGAUUUCAAAAAGGCUUUUCGGCGAAAGCAAACGAUGCUAUUAUCUGAGGAUAGCACCUCCGUAAACAGAGAGAGAAACCAUAUAAUAUAUAAUACAUGCCUUACCUUUGACGAGCUUCUUCUGUUGGCACUCCAAUAUGUCCCAUAAACAUCACAAAUGGGCCUUUUGUUCAAUUAAUUCCGUCGAUAUAUAUCCAAAAUGUCAAUUUAUUUGGCGCGUUUGAUCCAGAAAAACACUGGUUCCAACUUGCACAACGUCACUACAAAAUAUCUCAAAAGUUACUUGUAAACUUUGCCAAAACAUUUCAAACUACUUUUUUAAUACAACUAUAGGUAUUUUUUUAAAGUAAAUAAUUUAUAAAAUUGAAGACGGGAUGAUCUGUGUUCAAUACAGGAAGAAAACAAACUGUAGCUUUCUGGUCACGCACCUCUAUCUAACAGUACACUUCAAGUUACCCUCGUUCAAGAUGGCCGUACUUCUUCAUUACACAAAGGAAUAACCUCAACCAAUUUCUAAAGACUGUUGACAUCCAAUGGAAGCGAUAGGAACUGCAAGAAGGACCCUUAGAAAUCUGGAUUCCCAAUGAAAACCCAUUGAAAAUAGUGACCUAAAAAAAAAAAAAAUGUAAAAAAAAAUGUUUUGUCCUCUGGGUUUUGCCUACUAAAUAAGUUCUGUUAUACUCAGACAUGAUUCAAACAGUUUUAGAAACUUCAGAGUGUUUUCUACCCAAUGAUACUAAUAAUAUGCAUAUCUUAUCUUCUGGGGAUGAGUAGCAGGCAGUUGAAUUUGGGCAUGCAUUUCAUCCGGAAGUGAAAAUACUGCCCCCUGUCACCAAGAAGUUACUGUGCUUUUUAACCAUUCAAAAAAAAAAAAAAAAGAAGAAAAAAAACAUUUGAAUGAUAUCAUUGGCUGAUUUUAUCAUGCAUCAUUAUUUCUGCAUACAGAAAAAAAAAGCAAGAACAUAUUGUGCCUUAAAGUGUUUGGUCCUUUUUCUUGAAAAGAGAAUUAUCAUAUGGUAUUGAUUUGUUUUGAUUUGAUUUACCUUCAACAGAGGAGCCAUGUGCUCAGAACCAGCAGUAUCACAUGAGAACCACUAGAGGGUGAUCUUGUCCUGGAUUCAGACUGAAUCCUGGUCCUUUUCUCCAGACACGGUGUAAUAUAUGCCAUUUAAAGGCACAUUGUGUGUGACAGUGUUCACACAGUUACUUCGGGAAUUAGAGACCUUCAACUAAAGUGGUCUGAGAGAGCCUCAGAUAUAAGACACCUGCUAUGAGAAUAUCAAAUAUAAGACACCUGCUAUGACAUCUUUGGCACUGUUUGCUGUUUUAGUUGGCAUUAGCAAGUUCUUGAUGAUUUUGUUUUUUCAUGUGCGUAACACACAUUAAAGUAUCAUGCAAUGAUG